AUGGAGGAACGCCCCACGGGCAUGAGGAGCCUCCCCCUGACGGAAAAAAAAGGCGAGGCGAAUAGGUUAAUCCAGUCCAGCGCGGAUGGCCCCACAAAGGAAGACCUAGAGAUAUAUUUUCACCUGCCCAACGGAGAAACCCUCACAAUGCUGGAGAACGGGGGCAUAGAAAUUGGGCACUUAAAACUGAAGCUGUCGAAACUGUUGGGGAAGCCAUAUCAGCAAAUCUUCUUAACGUACAAUAAUAUGUCCAUGCUGGAUCCCUUGUCUAUAAUCGACGUGAUUAAGAAGACCAAUUUGGAAAAAAUCCACAUCGAGGUGGGCUAUUCAGACUAA